AUGACAUCCAGUGUGACUGGCUAUAUUGAGCACCCUACCAAAGGGGUCUCGGCUGUCUUCGCCGUCCUUUUUGCCGUUUCGGGUAUUCUUCAUACUUGGCAGAUCAUCAAAUACAAAUCAUGGCCUUAUAUGUGGGUUGUACCACCGGCAUGUAUCAUCUUCAUCGCCGGGUUUGUAUGCCGGGAAUACGCAGCGCACCAUCCCGGAAGCGACGUCUACUCUGCAAUGCAGGGACUUUUAUACAGUGCGGUACCGAUUUUAUCAACUACUUUAUAUAUGUACCUGCCACAGCUGCUUCCAUUCUGCUCCGCCUUACGUCCUGAGACGCUAUUCGCAAUACUCAUCUCACUCACAUUUUCAACGUUGAUCACUCUCACAGCACAGGGCGUUGCAUCGUUUUUUAGCUCGGAUUCGACCUCGGGAACAAUCAAAGCCGGACUGGCCUUGCUCAAGGCCAGUCUUAUUAUUCAACUGGUUUUCCUUGUUGUGGUCGUGUUAACAGUGCUUGUUUCUCGUAAUCGAGCACAGGCGCGGGGUAUUUUACAGCUCGAUUCUGAACUAUCUAAUAUCUAUAAUUUCUUGGGGUUGUUUGUUCUCCUCCUGAUUCGCGAUAUCUUUCGCACAGUACAGAUAUUCAUGCCGUCGGAUUCGACGGUGUGGACACAAGAAGUGUUCUUCUGGGUAUUUGAUGCUGUUCCGAUGCUGGCAUACACUGUUCUACUGAAUUUUUUGCAUCCUGGACAGCACUUGUCGGAUGCGAUGCAGGAAGAGCGCAGGGCAGCCGCCGCAAGCCCUCCGCCGGAGCCUUUUGAUGACGUCGAGGUGGGUGCUGGGGGCAGGAUGACCAAGGCCACUGCGAUCAAACUUCGUCCAUUUUCUAGGGAGAAAAAUAAUACCAAAACACAAUUGUCAACCUCAUACCUGUUGCACGAUAUGAAGAACCUGGCUAUAGUGGCAGCCCUGGCUGCAGGCUCCAAUGCCCAUGCCCUCGCCCCUCGAGGUCCUCCUGGCUGCUGUUUCAAGCUCACUGCAUCAGGCGGCACUUCUGGUCCUGUCGGCCAGUUGAGUGAUGGCCAGAACCGGAUCGGCGGAGGACUUUCCCCAAUUACGUACUGUAUCGAUAAGGAUGGAGAAAUUGCCGACAGCAGUGAUCGUCCUUGCAUUCUGAUUCCACCAACAUCCCAGUUACAGUGUGACAAAGGGGCCAUCGGCACGCCUGGUUUCUCAAUCUCCCCUAGUGGAGAGUUUAAGUUCAAUGGAAACACCGAUUUUCUGGCCUGUCAGUCGGGAGAGCAUGGUCAAUUUAACAUCUACACUAGCCCACCCCCUAAGGAUGUCUCUGGCUGUGUUGAUAUCACCUUGGAGGCAGACGGAUGCAAGGCUUUGCCUCCCCCUCCUCCUCCUUCGUCCACAGGUGCACCAUCUCCGCCUCCAGCAGUGACUUCUGUCAAGGUCGUCACGGUCACUGAGACAGUCUGCGGAGCCCAACCAACAGGGCCUCCGCCAAGCAUCCAAUCAUCAUGUCCGACGACACUGACCGAGGGCAAUUUUGAAUUCCCUCACCUCAUUAUCCCGGUUGAUUCCAGUAAGCCAGAUACCGCCUUUGGCACUCAGUAUAACGGGCAGGUGAGCUCGACCGUCUCGACUAUAUUUAAUUUCAACAUUCCGCCGAGUGACGCCGGAAAGACCUGCACGCUGGUCUUCCUCUUCCCGGAAAAGUCACAGCUGCAGACUUCUUCUUUCAACUUUACUGGUGACGGCAGAGUCGACUUUGCCCAGAUGAAUGCUCCUGCUACGGAGAAGACGACCUUCCACACUAUUCCAUCGAUUAAAACGGACUUUCACGUGUCCACCCUUGCGCCGGGAACUUCGUAUGUCAUUGCUUCUUUCCCGUGUCCCGCGGGCGAGACGAUUGCAUUUGACAUGGAGAAUUCUGGCACGACUGACCUGACCUGGUUUGAAGACUUUAAUCCUUCGCCGUAA